AUGUUCUCUGUCAAUGACACGGCCUCAUAUCCUUCUGCCUUCCUUCUGCUUGGUGUCCCAGGUCUGGAAGCUUUCCAUAUCUGGAUUGCUUUCCCUUUCUUUGUUGUUUAUCUGAUAGCACUUGUGGGGAAUUUCACAAUCCUGAGCAUCAUCAAGACUGAGCAGAGUCUCCAUCAACCAAUGUUCUAUUUUCUUGCUCUUCUCUCUCUUAUUGAUCUAGGUCUCUCCACAUCCACCAUUCCUAAGAUGCUGGCCAUCUUCUGGUUCAACCUCAGGGAAAUUAGUUUUGAAGGCUGCCUCAUCCAAAUGUUCUUUAUACACACUUACACUGGUAUGGAAUCUGUUGUUCUCCUGGCCAUGGCAAUUGACCGUUUUGUUGCCAUCUGUUACCCACUGAGAUACACCACCAUCCUUACUAACAAAGUAGUAGCCAUCAUGGUGUCUGUUGUCGUGGGGAGGCCAGUUCUCCUUGUCAUACCCUUUUGCCCUCUUCUCAAAAGACUGCCCUUUUGUGGACACUACAUUAUCCCUCAUACCUACUGUGAACAUAUGGGGAUUGCUCGUCUUGCCUGUGCUAGCAUAAGGGCCAACAUCAUCUAUGGUCUAUUUACCAUUGCUGCCCUGAUCUUUGACUUAAUCCUUAUUGGCCUUUCUUAUGUCCAGAUUUUACAAGCUGUUUUCCGCCUUCCUUCCAGAGAUGCCAGACUCAAAGCACUUAGCACAUGUGGUUCACAUGUGUGUGUCAUCUUAGCAUUUUACACACCAGCGUUUUUCUCCUUCAUGACUCAUAGGUUUGGCAAAAAUGUACCUCGCUACAUUCAUAUCCUCCUGGCCAAUCUGUAUGUGGUUGUCCCUCCUUGUUUAAAUCCAGUUAUUUAUGGGGUCAGGACCAAACAAAUCCGGGAAGGAGUUGUGAGAGUAUUUGUAAAGAAAGAGUAA